AUGCCGCCGCGUGUCUCCGCCUGCCUGUCUCUGUCCCAGCCCCUGCGCGGGUGCGCACAGGUGGAGGUGGGCCCCUUUGUGGGGAGCCCCGCGAACGUCACCAGGGCCAGGGGGCACUCAGGAACUCUUCGGUGUGAGCUUCAAGUCCAGGAGGAACCCCCUGAGGUGACCUGGCUCCGGGAUGGGCAGGUCCUCGAGCUGGCAGACAGCACCCAGAUCCAAGUGCCCCUGGGGGAUGACGACGGGCAAAAUGACUGGAAGGUGGUCAGCAAACUCAGAAUCGAAUCACUGCAGCUCUCAGACGCCGGGUGGUACCAGUGUGCGGUGGUCCUGGGUGGCCAGACCUUCCUGUCCCAGCCUGGCUAUGUGGAGCUGGAGGGCCUGCCCUACUUCCUGGAGGAGCCUGAGGACAGGAUGGUGGCCGCCAACCUCCCCUUCAACCUCAGCUGCCGGGCUCAGGGGCCCCCAGAGCCUGUGGACCUGCUCUGGCUCCGGGAUGCUGCCCCCCUGCCUCCAGCCUCCAGCCAGGGCCCCCAGCACAUCCUGCAAGUCCCAGGCCUGAACAAGACAUCCUCCUUCUCCUGUGAAGCCCAUAACGCCAAGGGUGUCACCACAUCCCGGACAGCCACCAUCACAGUGCUCCCCCAGAGGCCCAGAGACCUCCACCUGGUCUCCAGCUGGUCCACGGAGCUGGAGGUGGCCUGGACUCCAGGCCUGAGCGGCAUCUACCCCCUGACCCACUGCACUGUGCAGGCUGUGCUUUCAGACGAUGGCGUGGGCAUCCGGCUGGGAGAACCAGACCCCCCCGAGGAGCCCCUCACCUUGCAAGCCUCUGUGCCCCCACACCGCCUCCGCCUGGGCAGCCUCCGUCCGAAUGCCCCGUAUCACAUCCGGGCAGCUUGUACCAGCAGCCAGGGCCCCUCUCCCUGGACCCACUGGCUCCCUGUGCAGACCCUCGAGGGAGUGCCCCUGGGCCCGCCAGAGAACGUGAGCGCCGUGUUGAACGGGAGCCAGGCCCUCGUGCGUUGGCAGAAACCAAGGGAGCCUCUGCAGGGCACCCUGUUAGGGUACCGGCUAGCCUAUCGAGGCCAGGACACCCCUGAGGUACUCAUGGAUGUGGGCCUGAAACAAGAGGUGAUCCUGGAGCUGCGGAGAGAAGGCCUGGUGCCCAGCCUCAUGGUGUCUGUGGCAGCCUACACGGCGGCAGGCGAUGGGCCCUGGAGUCUCUCGGUGCCCCUGGAGCCCUGGCGCCCAGGGCCAGGACAACCAACUCACCAUCUGGUGAGCGACCCCCCAGCCCCCGCCUUCUCGUGGCCCUGGUGGUAUGUACUACUGGGAGCAGUGGUGGCUGCUGCCUGUGUCCUCGUCUUGGCAUUGUUCCUCAUUCACCGCCGGAAGAAGGAGACCCGCUAUGGGGAGGUGUUUGAGCCAACAGUGGAGAGGGGUGAACUGGUGGUCAGGUACCGCGUUCGCAAGUCUUACAGUCGCCGGACGACUGAAGCCACCUUGAACAGCCUGGGCAUCAGUGAAGAAUUGAAGGAGAAGUUGCGGGAUGUGAUGGUGGACCGGCAUAAGGUGGCCUUGGGGAAGACCCUGGGAGAAGGGGAGUUUGGAGCUGUUAUGGAAGGGCAGCUGAACCAGGAUGACUCGAUACUCAAAGUGGCAGUGAAGACGAUGAAGAUUGCCAUCUGCACAAGGUCGGAGCUGGAGGAUUUCCUGAGUGAGGCCGUGUGCAUGAAGGAGUUCGACCACCCCAACGUCAUGAGGCUCAUCGGGGUCUGUUUCCAGGGCUCUGAACGAGAGGGCUUCCCAGCGCCGGUGGUCAUCCUGCCUUUCAUGAAACACGGCGACCUUCACAGUUUCCUGCUCUACUCACGACUCGGGGACCAGCCAGUGUUCCUGCCCACUCAGAUGCUGGUGAAGUUCAUGACAGACAUCGCCAGCGGCAUGGAGUAUCUGAGCACCAAGCGAUUCAUCCACCGGGACCUGGCCGCCAGGAACUGCAUGCUGAACGAGAACAUGUCGGUGUGCGUGGCGGACUUUGGGCUCUCCAAGAAGAUCUACAACGGGGACUACUACCGCCAGGGACGCAUCGCCAAGAUGCCAGUCAAGUGGAUCGCCAUCGAGAGCCUGGCCGACCGCGUCUACACGAGCAAGAGCGACGUGUGGUCUUUUGGGGUGACAAUGUGGGAGAUUGCCACGCGGGGCCAAACGCCAUACCCAGGUGUGGAGAACAGCGAGAUUUAUGACUACCUGCGCCAGGGAAACCGCCUGAAACAGCCUGUGGACUGUCUCGAUGGACUGUAUGCCCUGAUGUCCCGUUGCUGGGAGCUCAACCCACGAGACCGGCCGAGCUUUUCAGAACUGCGGGAAGACCUGGAGGAUACACUGAAGGCCUUGCCCCCUGGCCAGGAGCCCGACGAAAUCCUCUACGUCAACAUGGAUGAGGGUGGGGGUUGGGCUGAACCCCUUGGAGCUGCUGGAGGAGCUGACCCCCCCACCCAGCCUGACCCCAAGGAUUCCUGCAGCUGUCUCACCUCAGCCGAGGUCCAUCCUGCCGGACGCUAUGUCCUCUGCCCAUCCACAGCCCCUGGCCCCACUCUGCCUGCCGACAGGGGCUCCCCAGCAUUCCCAGGGCAGGAGGAUGGAGCCUGAGACAACCUUCCACCUGGGACUCCUCUCAGGACCCAAGCUAGGCACUGCCACUGGGGGGCCCUGUCCCCCUACCAUUCCCUACUUGCCCACUCCCAGGCCUGUCCUCCACCUGCACCCCUCUUUUCCUAUCCAUUUCACCUCCAUCCCAGACAUCUCCUUCUCUGGGUCUUGGUGUCCAACUCUGCAAAAGGCGGUUGUUGGACUGCAGGCCUCAUGAGACCUCCCAGGCCUAACAUUCCAAGAUUCUAGAUUCUGAGGUCCAGAGAAUCUAGACUCAAAGGUCCUCGAUUUCAAAGAGUUUUUGGUUCCAAGGACCGGUCAUUCUAGUCUCCAAGGCAAACAUUCUAGACUUGGAGUUCCGAUGGCCUAACAUUCUAAACUCUGAGAUUGUAUGGUUCUAACAGUUCUUGUUUUAAGAUUCUUGAUAAGGGCUACCACGGUGUUAGGUCCUAAAGCACUGUGACUCUAGUUCUAAAAUCUAAGACUUCGGGUUAGAUUUUAUCUUCCUAGGAUUCUGGGUUCUUACAGUAUAAGAUUCCAGAUUCUAUCCUAGAGAGUCUACAAUUCUAGACCUAGAGAGUCUAGGGCCUAAUCUUCCAAAACUUGAUGUUCUAAGGCUGUUAGAGUCUGGAGCCUCCCGCUGUAAGACUCUGACUCUAGACCCGAUGACUUCAAGAUCUACUCUCCAUUUCUAAUAUUCUAAUAGUGGUCAGUCCUAAGGCUUUAUGAUCUUGAGUUCUCAGAUGAGAUUCUAGAAUCAAGUUUCCAGACUCGAAUCACGGCGAUUCAAAAAUCUAAUAGUCUUAAGAUGUGCUGGUCUAAGAAGAUAGAUUCAGUGUCUAGAUCAUGUUUCACAAUUCUAGAUUAUUCAACCCUGAGAUCCUAAUGUUGGUCUGUUCUACGCCAAGGUACCCUAGAGUCCACUGUUCUAAAACUCUGGGUUCUAUGCAUCUAAAUUUCUAAGACACUCACAGUUGUACAUUUCUAAAAUUCUAGAAGCCAAAGGUCUAGUCAUUUCUAAUGUCGCACACCUCUCGGUUCUAAGUUACAUUCUUUCUCUCUAGGAUUUCUGUUCUGCAGAGUCCAAGAAGCCACACUUCUACCAUUUUAAGAUUUGAGGCACGGUAGUUCUAAGACACAAAUGUUCAAAGUUUCUAAGACCCUACAGGCCCACAGACCUAUGAUAGUGGUACGGUUUCAAGGUUCUAGGUCCUUAGUAUUCUGGGUGCUCUCCCCUUCACCACCUCUGCUUCCUCCCCCCCUUCUGUGGGGUAUGCCACCCUCAAGCCUGUGCAAUGCAUUAAGGAUGCCUCUUUGCUCCCAGGGGGAUGAUCUUCCCUUUGGGGGUCAUGCUGCCCCCCCUGAGCCAGUCCCUGUGUGUGGACUCUGGUGCCUCUAGGGUUAAGGUCACAUAAAACGGUAUAACCACACGUCCGUCUCUUCUUGUCUCCAGCAGUGAUGUGGACCCUCUCCCUGCCAACCCAAGUUUCCCCGUCAAUAAAAAGUCUGGUCUGG